UCAGUGGAAGAGAACGAGCACCCGAUUGAAGAAGUUCGGCUUACAGUCGACCCCGCCGACAACCCUAACCUCCCAGUCCUGACCUUCCGAACAUGGCUUCUCGGAUCAAUCUCCUGCGUAAUGCUCGCUUUUGCCAACAAAUUCUUCGGCUACAGAACGAAUCAGCUUACCAUUGGUCCAGUCUGCGUUCAAAUCGUCUCGCUGCCCAUUGGCAGAUUCCUCGCGGCUUCUUUGCCGAAGAAGAACAUCAAGGUUCCUUUCACCAAAUGGACUUUCUCCCUCAAUCCUGGGCCAUUCAAUAUGAAGGAGCAUUGUCUCAUCACCAUUUUUGCCAACUCUGGUGCCGGCGGCGUCUAUUCUAUACACAUUGUCACCAUUGUUAGGGCUUUCUAUCGCAGAAAUAUCAAUCCUGUUGUUGCCUUCUUGUUGUCACAAACCACUCAGGUGCUAGGUUAUGGUUGGGCUGGAAUUUUCAGAAAGUAUCUGGUGGAAUCUCCAUAUAUGUGGUGGCCUGCAAAUCUUGUUCAAGUUUCCCUCUUCAAAACACUGCAUCAAAAAGAGAAGAGAAGAAAGGGCAGCCUGACAAAAUUUCAAUUCUUCGUAGUAAUCUUUGUAUUCAGCUUUGCAUACUAUGCCAUUCCCGGCUAUCUCUUCCCAGCCAUCUCCACAGUCUCUGUCCUCUGCUUGAUAUUUAAGGAGUCGAUCACCAUGCAACAAAUUGGAUCAGGGAUGAAAGGGCUUGGCAUUGGCUCCUUCGGUCUUGAUUGGUCAACAGUUGCUGGUUUUCUUGGUAGCCCAUUGGGAACACCUGCAAGUGCAAUCUUUAACAUAAUGGUAGGCUACUUCAUUGCCAUCUAUAUAAUGCUUCCAUUUGCCUAUUGGACCAACAUAUACAGGGCAAAGAAUUUUCCAAUGAUCUCGUCCCAUGUCUUCGACUCUUCUGCGCAACCGUACAACACGACACGAAUUAUUAAUAGCAAGACUUUCACCUUGAAUGUUGAAGAACAGGAGAGUUACAGCAAGAUAAACAUGAGUAUUAUGUUUGCUUUGACAUAUGGCUUAGGAUUUGCAACCUUGACAUCAUCGGUCAUGCAUGUUGCUCUCCACAAUGGAAAGGAUAUUUGGCAGUCAUGGAGACAAGCCAGAGAUUCCUCUAAGGAGAAGAAAUUAGAUGUUCAUGCUAGAUUGAUGAAGAAUUAUGAUGCUAUACCUCAAUGGUGGUUCCAUGUUCUCUUGAUUUUGAUGAUUCUACUCUCAAUUUUCACUUGUGUGGGAUUUGGUGGAGCUUUGCAACUUCCAUGGUGGGGAAUAUUAUUGGGUUGUGCUAUGGCUUUCUUCUUCACAUUACCUAUUGGAGUCAUUACAGCAACUACAAACCAGUCACCAGGGCUCAAUAUCAUCACAGAGUACAUCAUUGGUCUAAUUCUACCUGGAAAGCCCCUAGCAAAUGUGACAUUCAAGACAUAUGGCUAUAUUAGCAUGACUCAAGCACUCACAUUUCUCAGUGAUUUCAACCUUGGACACUAUAUGAAGAUUCCCCCCAGAUCUAUGUUCAUCUCACAGUUGACAGGGACCGUGAUCGCAGCGACGGUCAACUUUGGAACUGCAUGGUUUCUUUUAGAUUCAGUUGAGAACAUAUGUGACACUGAUAAACUACCAGCUGACAGUCCAUGGACAUGCCCAGGGGACGAUGUAUUCUACAAUGCAUCCAUCAUAUGGGGACUUGUUGGCCCUAUGCGAAUGUUCGGAAAACUCGGUCUCUACUCUGCUUUGAACUACUUCUUCCUUGCUGGAUUCUUGCUACCCAUUCCUUUCUGGUGGAUUUCUAAGGUCUUCCCUAACUGCAAAUGGCUCAAAUACAUCCAUUUACCUCUCAUUAUUGGAGGUGCUGGUGGUAUCCCUCCUGCACACACAGUGAACUAUAUCACCUGGGGUGCUGUUGGCAUCUUCUUCAACUACUACAUUUACAACAAAUAUAAGGAAUGGUGGGCAAGGCACACCUACGUAAUGUCGGCUGCCCUCGAUGCCGGAGUCGCUUUCAUGGGAGUUCUCAUCUUCUUUGCCUUACAAUACAAUGAUAUUGGUGGAAUUAGUUGGGUGGGAGGCGAUGCAAGUGACUUCUGUCCCCUUGCAAAUUGCCCUACAGCUCCUGGAGUGGUCGCCAAAGGAUGCCCAGUGAUAGCCUGAGAUAUGAUUACUAUGUUUCAUUAAGCACUUACUAGUUGGUGAUAAGCUUGCAUGACUUGUUGUUCUAGUACUCCCAAGUCAUUGUACAUAUAAUCGUUCAUUUUUUAUUUUCUCUUUGUUUCCUGAAAACUUAUAUUCAAGCCAAUGUUCUUUGUAUGUUCUGUGGAAUUUGUUAUUUAUAGCAUUUGAAGUCUAUGUGAAUAUAUUCUACGUA